AUGCGGGGUGAUGAGGCCGGGAGGGGGCGUGUCGCUGUGGGGAUUUCCAUGGCAUGUUCAGCCUGUCAGGGACUGCUCAGGGAACCACCAUCACUCCAUUUCACACAUGUCAAACUGCGCCUUGGAUUAAAGGAGAACUCUAAUUCUGACACUAUGCAUGAAUUGUCCUGGGAGGCAGAUCCGUUGUCCCUGUCAAGGCCCCCGGACCACAAGGCCACAGAUCAUAAGCUUGCUGAAAUUGAUAUUCUCUUUAAAAUCCUCAAUGAGCAAAGGGACCAGCCUCUGCCCUCCCUCCCCAGACCCUCUCAGCCUGGGACCCACAUCCAGCAGCAGUCACAAAGCCCUGAUGUCUGCAAACCCAGGCUGGUGGCAAGAGGCUCCAGUGCAGCGUAUAACUUGGUGCAGCCUUUAAGUAGUUCCAGCCGGGACAUGAUGGCGACUCCUCCCUCCCGCUGUCUGCCUGGUACUGAGCUGCUGGAGCGAGUCCUGGAGAGGCCUUCCCUGGUGGUGGUGGAGGAGCCCAAAGACAGAGGCAUGAGGUUCCGAUACGAGUGUGAGGGCCGGUCAGCUGGGAGCAUCCUGGGAACGUCCAGCACCGAGUCCAGCAAGACGCAGCCUGCCAUAGAGAUCCAGGGUCCAACUGACCACAUCAAGAAGGUGAAAGUCACAGUUUCUCUUGUGACCAAAGACAUCCCUCACCGGCCGCACCCACACUGCCUCGUCGGAAAAGACUGUCCGCACGGUUCAGGAAUUUGUGUCGUUACGUUUAAUCCUAAUGUCAGCCGUAGACACAGUUUUGCCAACCUUGGUAUUCAGUGUGUGAGGAGGAAAGAGUUGGAGGCAUCACUACAAAAGCGGAGGAGUCUGAAUAUCGACCCAUUUGAAACUGACAAUUCAAGGGGUAUUGAAGACAUCGACAUGAAUGUGGUUCGCCUGUGCUUCCAAUGUGAACUUGAGUGGGAGGACGGCAAAAAGGACUGCCUCAAGCCAGUCGUGUCGAAGCCCAUCUAUGAUAAAAAGGCUACAACCACAUCCCAGCUAAAAAUCACAAGACUAAACCUGGAUCGAGGGCCGUGCACUGGCAAGACGGAGGUGUACAUGCUGUGUGACAAGGUGCAGAAAGAUGACAUUGAAAUUGUCUUCCGACGAGACUCAUGGAAAGCAAAUGGAGAGUUUGCACAAACAGACGUCCAUCGCCAGGUGGGCAUCGUGUUCAAGACGCCUCCAUAUCAGGACCAGAACAUCACAGAGGAGGUGGAGGUCAGCUUGAGUCUGCGCCGCGUCUCAGACCAGAUGGAGAGUGAACCAGUGACCUUUAUAUACAGACCCUGCAAUUCAGAUCCUUAUGAAGUUAAGCGUAAAAAAAUCAAAUCUGACAUGAACUACACGGAAAGGCCGUGUACAUCAGAAAAGACCACUUCUGCUGCGGAGCCGUUCCACAUUCCUCCAAACCCUCUGGGAUCGUCUUCAGAAGAGCUGCUUCGUCCUGCGCACUCUGGUCCAUUUCAAGGAGAAGUGUGCUACAUGGAACCACAGUGCUCCAACAUGGCCCCCGAGGAGAGCUCUCUCAUCAAUCAGCUGCUGGACAUGCCAGGAUUUAUGGACAUAUUAUCUGACCCUAAUUUUUCGGCCUCUCUUCCUUCUGGCUUUGACCAGGGGCCUGAUGCGAAUGCCACUUUCACAAGCCUGGAUAUGAACUCUGGUCCGUACUUCCAGGAUUUUUCUCAUUAUAAUGAUUUGCAGUUUAACAUGCUUGUCAAUGAAAGUCAUACCGGGUCAUCUGACAUGGACAGCUCCGCCCCUUUGGUCCAGGUAAAGACUGAAGAUGAGCUAUGA